AUGGUGCCCACUGGCUUUAGCAAGGCAGGGGGAGAGAGCAAUGAUGGCAUCCGCCAGUUGGAGGAGUUGGAUUACAGUUUUCUGGUAUAUGGAGAAAACUUUGAAAGAGCAGAAAUCAACGGAGAGAAGCUACUUAACAUCACUCGGCAAAAACUUAGUGAACUCGGUGUAAUCCGAACUGACCAUCAGGAUAUCAUAUUAAAAGCAGUUGCUGAUAUUUACAAAAAAGACAAAUCUGAAGAGGCAGCUAUGCAAGGAGAAGAUCAGAAUGACAAAAAGAUGCCUACCAGAUUCAGAAAACAAAGUGAACAUCUUGAGCAUGCUAUUGAUCAUGUGCUUGUCCUGAUAUCGGAAAGAAGAAGGGCGCGUACUCUACAUGGCACUAAUGAACAACCACCUCGUAACAUUCUUACAGCUGCUCUUGAACUGAUUAAUAUGGUCAAGAUGAUACUAAACAUUCUGGAAAGGCCUCCAUUUGAUUGCAUGUCAGAAUUUUCAAGUCUGAAAAGCCACCUCAUUAAACAUAUCACAUUACUGAAACAUUUCUCUGAGCAGCCUGGUGACUGGCUGCAAUUUCUUCAGGUCAGGGUGAAUAUAAUGAGAAAACCAGGAAGAAUAUGGGUCCCUGAGAUCCAAGUAUAUUUUGCAUUAAUCUACAGAUGA